UCGGUAGGUAGUGAUGGACGUCAUUCGAGAUUAACGGCUGAUGUAACGGCGUUACCGUGUGUAACGGCGAAACUAUGGGUCGUCAGGUUUAGACAGCUUUAGAUAAGAUUAAUUGAGUGUAUUAAAAUCGUACGAAGAGCGAACGACUCGACCACGUAUCGUUGACGCACGAACGAGGACGAGAGAUGUCCGGUUUCGACGAGAAUCCCUUUGGGGAACCUACGAUUAACGAUCCCUUUUCGGAUCCAGCAAUACGAAGAGCUGUAAAUUCUACUCCAGCUAGUAGAGGUCUUGAAGAUUAUAAUCCUUUUGCUGAGCAAGGCACACAAGGAACUACACAAGUUAGAGGAGCGUUAAACCCACCCAUCUAUGGUGGAGUUGGUGCAACGCAACAGCCAGCAACACUUCAACCUACUAAUCAAGAAGCUCCUCCUCCUGCAUAUGCACGUAGUCCUCAGCAAACAGUCAAUAGUGCAUUGGGAAGCACUGUACCACUUCCACCAGAUCAACGAGCAGAAUCAGAAUGGAAAGCCAGGACAGAAGAAGAAAUGAGAAAUACUCCUUACUAUCCAAGGAGAAAUAAUUGGCCACCUCUACCGGAUAAAUGCUGUUUCCAACCAUGCUUCUAUCAGGAUAUUGAUGUUGAAAUUCACACUAAUUUUCAAAAGAUAGUGAGACAAUUAUAUUAUCUUUGGAUGUUUCAUGGCUGUGUUCUGCUGUUAAACGUGAUCGGAGGAUUCGUUUUGAUGCUUUGUGGCCAGGGUUUCUCUACAUUUGGAUUGGCUAUCUUAUAUCUCAUACUUUUUACACCAUUUUCUUUCAUGUGUUGGUUUAGACCAGCAUAUAGAGCUUUCAAAAAUGACAGCUCUUUUAAUUUCAUGGUCUUUUUCUUCGUCUUCUUCUUUCAAUUGAUUGUCACUACCAUCCAGGCUAUAGGUAUUCCAGGUGCAGGAACUUGUGGGAUAAUACUUGCAGUUGAACAAUUUGAUCACACAGCCAAAGGUAUAAUUGUCGCUCUUCUCAUUCUGGUCAUCGCUAUUUGUUUCUUCCUUGCAGCAAGCGGUGAUCUCUUAUUGCUCACUAAGAUUCAUCGCAUCUAUCGUACUUCAGAUGCGAGUGUUACCAAGGCGCAACAAGAGUUCGCAACAACUUUCUUGCGAAAUGAACAUGUGCAGAAUGCUGCGAGCAAUGUCGCGGCAACUGCAGUUCGCACGCAGAUGGCUAACGCGACUCAACCGCGUUAUUAAAUAAUUCUCCCAUUUUAUUUGUAUACUACGUUCUGGCUUUACAUCAUUCAGUAAAUGGAUAGAUCUCAUUAGUUCUGCUGUAUAUGAAUUAUAAAAAGAUGAAAAAAGUCAUAGAAAUUCAAUGUGUCUCGAGAUUUAUUCUUACAUUGAAACGCUGCGAUGUAUGAAAAUUGUGCUUCACGUUCGAAUCUAAUCUCUAAUAUACGUUGUCUUAACAAAGUUAACUGUACAACCAAUAAUGAAGCGAAAUAAUGAAGUAUUAAGAGAUAUUCUAAAAUCUUUCCGAUUUAAUGUACUUGGUUCUGAAGAUCAUAAUAAUAUUCUAUGUUUCAAAGGAAACUCUAUGCAUAUGUAAACACGUGCAAAUGCACGUGUAAAUACACGUAACAUUUCUUUGCAUGAGUUUGAUCUAUUUGUUCACUAUUGUUUAUCAUGCGCAUUGAUGUAUGAGAUCAUAAAAUUAGAUUAUUAUGUGAAUGAGUUAUAUAUUAAUUAUGAUUAUAUUAAUAACUGUAUCUAUAAUUUUAUUACACAAUUGCUUAUAUUUACUAGCUUUUAUAUUUUAGUGACACAGUUUCAUGACAAUGUGAUCAUGUGUGAGUUAGGUAUACACACUGAAGUAAUUAAGUUUAUUUCAAGUAAAAAAGAAACAAUUGCAAAGUUAAGCUUGUGACAUAAUAAGGUUCAUAUUUGUUGAAUAUUAUCAUAAAUGUUAAUUUACUUAUGAAUA